AGCAGGUAAUUCUCUAUCAGCCUUCACCGCGUCUCAUUAGUCCCCCGCCCUAACCCACACUCACUUACUUUUCUCCGGGGUUCGUCGUUCUCGUUCCUGACUGCGUUCAUCAAGUCUUCAGGAAGAUCUAUAUCGCGAGGCUUCUUCUUCGACAACAUAAAAAUGGUAGCUCAGAGACUGAUUUCAAGACGAGGGAUUGAGAGCGUGUGUCGCCUGGCCAGCCGGACCUCUGUGCCUAGAAACCGGCUUUUCUCCGCGGCUGCCGUCUACUCAUCAUCAUCGUCAUCCGCAUCUCGUUUGACUGCAAUUCGAAGCGGCCUUCGCUACUCUCCUUCCUGCUCGUUCUCAACAACUAGCAGCUUACGAACAGCAAGCGUCGAUGGUGAAUACAAAGUUGACGAGCUCACUAUCUCAGAGUACCACGCUAUUGCCGAUGAGACUCUCGAGAGUAUCAUGACGCACUGUGAGGAUUUGGCGGAUACGAAACCUCAAAUCGAUGUCGAGCUUGCUCAAGGAGUGCUUACGCUGAUAUUACCUCCCAACGGAACAUACGUGAUCAACAAGCAGCCGCCUAACAAGCAGAUCUGGCUCAGUAGUCCGAUCUCGGGACCGAAGAGAUACGAUCUAAUUGACGGCCAAUGGACCUACCACCGAGACGGAUCAACUCUCGGCAAUUUGCUCCGCGAAGAAGUCACCGAAGCUCUCGGUAUCGAGGCUACUUUUGACGGCGUUGACGACUACAGCAAACCUCGAUAGGCUUAUCCGCGUGCUUUGAAAUCUGCUCAUUACAUUACCAUGUAACAUAUAUACAUCUCCUAAUGCAUUCAAAAUAACAAACUGAA